AGAAAGUAACAACGUGGGAAAGCGGAGUAUUGUUUGUGGUCUGAUACACGAUGACCGGAAUAAGACGGCGUCCCGAAGCCAAGCCAAGACAAACAACCCAGACGUUAUCAACAGUGAGAAGACAUGCAUCCUAGAUCGUAGCUAAAUCGUGACCAAGUACUGGGAAGAAAGGAGAGGAGACAGGGCGAUGGGUGUUCUCUGGUGGGGAUGGCAACUUGCUACCGUGUUACUUCUUGCCAAGUUGCGGUCCGUUAUCUCACAAGUUGCCCUCCCACCAAGAGAAGUCAUUGCUCGUUACGGUGAGAGCGCCGUUCUGCCCUGCGACGUCCAGUACCCCAACGGUGUCCUCCCAUUCGUCAUUGAGUGGCAGAAGCAGGGCGUGGCCAUCCCCGUCUUCAUUCUGUUCAACGGCUACCCUCCCCACAUCGACCCGCAGUUCCAAGGUCGAGUCAGCCUGUUCCAAGAAGCUUCCUUACAGAUCGACAACGUGCUGGCGGAGGAUGCGGGGUGGUACGAGUGCAAGGUUGUGUUUCUCGACCGUGUGGACAACGCCCAGAAAAAUGGGACAUGGGUACAUCUCAAGGUGUAUGCAGAGACACCUAGUGACGGGAGAAUUAUAGGGACUCACAGUGUUUGGAUUAUGGAGAGUGUGUGUUGGUGGUAUUUGUGGCUUCUCAUCAGUUUUGACAUUGGUCAGACUUCAGCUGCUGUGAUGUUUGGGACAGAUGUACCAAGUUUGAAUAUUGCUGCAGCUCGUCCCACCUUCCUGGACAAGUCUCCAGCCCUGCUGCAGUACAACCAGGGGGACACCGGGAGGCUCUUCUGUGUUGCAGCAGGGCACCCUCCACCACAGGUGCGAUGGAAGAAGGGAGACCAGCCCAUCAUGCCGACUGUUAAGUAUAGACUAACUGAGACCAGCCUGACGAUUGUGUCGCUGGUGAGGGAAGAUGCAGGUGUGUACACCUGUACGGCACAGAGUGAGGCUGGGGACCUACAGCACACCAUGAGGAUGGUCAUAUUUGGUCCUCCUGUCAUCAUGGUGCCUCCCCAGAACACCACAGGGGUGGUGGGUUCAGAAGUUGCCUUUGAAUGCCAAGCGGAGGCCUUCCCUGCCAACAUGACCAUGCGCUGGCUACGGGACGGCAUCAACGUCUUCUACUACACCUCGCUGUACUCCCGCGUCAACGUGCUGGGAGACGGGACGCUGAUCAUCAGGAGGUUACGGCGCAGCGAUGUCGGGAUGUACACGUGCAGUCCCACCAAUGGGAUAGGUGUGGCACCGAGAGCUACGGCAUAUCUCAGGGUUCAGUAUCCUCCCCAGUUGCUGCCAAUGCCGGCCACCCAGCUGAUCCCAAGAGGGGGAGUGGGCCGUAUCCGCUGCCCUCAUGAUGCUGACCCUCCCAUACACACUAUCCUGUGGAAGAAGAACGGUCGUGUGCUGGACGUUGCGGGUGAGCCGUCCCUGUCAACUGACCGAGACGGCACCUUGGUCAUCACGGGUGUGACGGACAUGUCUGCAGGCCUGUACAGCUGUAUCCCCAGGAAUGUGCUGGGAUCCGGAGGGGAGUCACCGUAUGUACAGGUGGCUGUUACAGACCCACCAGAGUUCACGGUGCAGCCAGAGUCGUCCUACUACAUCACAGUCGGUGGGGAUAUCACCAUGGUGUGUGCUGCAACUGGAGAGCCAAUGCCGUUUGUCUCAUGGAGAAAGGAUGGGAUUGAUCUGGAUGAUGAGCUGUAUGAUAUCGCUGGAGGAAACCUGUCUCUGUGGGAGGUAACAAAAGAGGACUAUGGUGUGUAUGAAUGCCUGGCACAGAAUGAGGUCACUACCAUCUCUGUCACAAGCCACGUCUUCAUUCAAGGUACCUCGCCCCAUGUUCCGACCGGCCUGUCUGUGGCCACCAGCAGUAACUCCGCCCACGUCACCUGGCAGCCGUCCUACGACGGUGGGAGUGAGCAGACCUUCAUCCUGUGGUAUCGAGCAGUGACUGCCAGAGACUGGAACACCCUACAGGUCAACAGCAACGUCAACAGAUACACCGUGUACAACCUGAUGUCUUCUACCAUGUACGAGUUCAGUGUCAUGGCCAGGAACAGACUAGGAGACAGCAUGUUCACCACGAUUGUUGUUAGAGCCACGCAAGAGCCUGGCUAUGUAGACCCCUACAAGCCCCUCCCACCCGAGGGCCUGACAGCCAAUGUUACUGAAGAGGGAGUCAUGUUGAGUUGGCUGGCACCGACCCCAGCCAUCUCUGGCAACAGUGGUGUCAUAUGCCGUGGAAUACAGGCGAGAGGGCAAUGCCUGGAGAAUCUUACAGUGUUUGCCUACUGUCUUCAACAAUGCACUCAACAUAUCUACACAAUUCAUUUCCCUUCAGAGCCUGGCUAUGUAGACCCCUACAAGCCCCUCCCACCCGAGGGCCUGACAGCCAAUGUUACUGAAGAGGGAGUCAUGUUGAGUUGGCUGGCACCACCCCAGCUGUCUCUGGCAACAGUGGUGUCAUAUGCCGUGGAAUACAGGCGAGAGGGCAAUGCCUGGAGAAUCUUACAGGAGAACAUAGCAGCAGAGAACACAAGUAUACUUGUGGUCAGCGGUCUUCAUCGGCAAACAACAUACGAGUUCCGUGUGUUCGCCUUCUCAGAGGUGACCUUCAGUGAACCCAGUGAUGUCAUUUCAGUCUACACAGAAGACAUCCCAGUAUACACAGACCCCGUAGAAAUGGCAGGGCAGUUUGGGGCUUCCACACCUAUCCUGGCAGGGGUGGCUGGAGGCCUUGGUUUUCUGCUCCUGGCCAUCUUGCUCAGCUGCUUUGCUGUCAAGGUCAUCAACAAGAGAAAGGUCAAGAGGAAAGAGCAGAGACAAGAAAAUGUGAAGUUAAUCAGCUUGUCAAAGUUGGCUCAAGACAGAGUGAGGUGGACCCCACAAAGUAACAAUUAUUCUAACGGUUUCACCAACGGCUUUGGAGGGCACAUCAAAAACCGGUUCUUCCUGGACAGCUCACAAAGCCCACCAGAUUCCUACAGGAGCAAGUCUGCGUCAGAGAAGCCCAGUAUGUCGUCUCAGGACAAAAACAUGAACAUUCAGUACGACUCACCGAGCAUGUACAGGUUACUAAGGUCCUCGCGUACCUUCAGGUAUAACGUUGAGAUUACCCGGCCGAUAGGGACUAUCAGUCGAGCCCCAGAUGGUCGCUUCAUCUUGGGUCAAGAUAAGAGUGUUACAAAAGAAAGGCGACAUUCGCCAUACCAAACCAAUGACAUCCUUCCCGUGCCACAGCUUGUCCCACCAGGCAGGCCUUUCCAUAUUUCUAGGGACAGUUCGUUCUGUCCAGUACCACGACUACAGAACACAUUCCGACCAAUCCAACAGGAGGAGGUCACACCCUCCCCGACCAGCAGUGACGGGAGCUAUGGGAGUGGUCACAGUUCAGAGGUUAGGAGGGCCCUGGUUAAACCUGCUUCUAGCAGAAGUCCUGCUAAGUCGUCUUCAAAUGUUCCGCCAAGUCGCUCGUCGCGUUACUCAAGAGGAUCACAGCGAGUUGUUUCGGCAGAUGUCCACAGUAGUCCUGAGUUAUUUCACACCGCACAACCUGCUAGAUAUCGCAGCAUGCCAGGUCAAAGUCUGCAAAGGUACCCUAGCUCAGCUACCAGCACCAAGUAUCCCAGCAGUGGUCUGGGGAGAUAUUCGGGUGCUUCCAGGACUUCAUUUGAAGGGAUACCUAUGCAGCACUAUUUGAACACCAGACCCCAGAGCCACAGUAGCACCUCCAGUAGAGAAUCCCAUAAAGUCUACCCUGUAGGGCCACCAAAGCCACCACGGCAUCAGGCCUUCCGAGAACCUGCCUUUAGAGUGUCUUAUCCUUAUGUGCCAGAAGACAGUGGAUUCCCUUCGAGUUCCCAGGUAGAUUUCUUAGAUAACCGCCACAGUGCACCAGUUGAGACAUUGUCCGCUCGACGACUCAACCGCGUCUUCCACAGUACUCCACAGAGCAGCACGUCGCAGCUGGACCACUCAGACUUCACCUUCGGUUCCGAGCAAACUCUUACUGAAGAAGACAGUGAAGACAAGUCCUUCAAGGGGAGCAAUGCUACGUUGGUAAACGAGAUAUUCACAGAAAAAAAGCCAAAGGCGAUUGAGGUUUCACCAGGCCGUGCAAGUUCUGCUAGUGCCAGCAGUGGCCGGGGAAGCAAAACUUCCACAGUCGCUAUCUCGCGAGGUAGCAGCUUUAGGACAAGUGAAGGAUAUACCUCACCCGACCAUGAUUCCCUCAGUAGUGGGUUUGUAAGUAAGAACACGUCCCACACCACAGCUCAGGGGUCUCGUGGUUACAGCAGUGAUAACAUUAGCGGAGAGGACGGCCCAUUCGAGUCUACUAGUUCUGAACAGUCUCCAGUCUCAGGGUCCACCCCACACCCCACAGAUGCAGAUGAACACUUUGAAUGGGACAGUACAGAGCCACUGGGCUCAAACAUUCUCCAGGCUGUACAAAGAUACAUCAUUCAAGGCAAGAGCCCCUUACCAAAACAGAAGCCUCGACAGACCGAGUCAAAACUGCCCGGUCCUCGUGAAAUUCGCAGACAUCGAAGGAUAUCAAGAUUUUCUGACGUCGACGCACGGUGUGCUGCUCUCAAACAGGAGUUCCAAGAGUACAAACAGCGACAAAAGGAACUGGGAGAGGAUCAGAUGAACUAUGAGCAGGAAUAUGAAAGAACAACAAUGGUCUGAUCUAUACAGACUGUGCUGUGCACACUGUCUGGUAACUGUUGUUUGGUCUAUACCUGAUGCAUGAAGCAUCUUAUCACAAAAAAAACCUGCACCUAACACCUACAUAAUAUCAUUUUAAAAGACUACCUGUUUUGAAUGGGUAGCUGAGAAUCUAGCUUUUACAGAGUACAGUGAAUGGUUGUUACAUUUGGUUUGCCCUGAAUGUAUCACUAUAAUGAAAAUAUGUGGCAGAAUAUUGUUCCUGGAUAGUGGAAACUUUGUUGUUGCAAAGAUCCAUCUGAUGACACUAGUCUAUUUUUAUCUAUUAUUACAGACAAAUUAUCCAUGUACAUAGAUUCCUGAUCACUGUAGAGUACCUCCUUAGGAUAUGUUUACAUUCAAAGUAUAAGUAGAGAAUCAAUAUAUUUACCUAGAAGCUCUAUUUUUUAUGAAUUGUAUGCUUAUAUGUUGUCAUAUAUGAUUAUCAGAUUUGUUUAUCUUUGCUUUUGUUUGCUGUUUUGCCUGUGCUUUGACUUUUGAAUCUGAAGAAUUCCUCUGUCCCAUGGGACCAAAGGAAAGCAAGUGAAAUUGGACAAGUUUUCAAUAGACCUGUUCACUUCUAUUUUGGCAGAGACAUUCAUUCUAUGGGUGACCAAUAUAGGAAGUCAGGACCAUGGGAUUCUAGUGAUCCUGAUAAUUGAGUAUUUUUAUCACCUCUAAACAGCAAAACAAGAAGUUGUUAGCUAAUAUUGUUAUUAUUUAUAAAAUGUGUAUGAAUUGUCAAUGCAGUGGUACAAAAAACCAAAUUGAUACUUUGUGAGGAAUUGUAUUCCUGUUGAAAUUCUGAAGAAGAAAUUGAGGAAAAUACUAUGUAAUUAGAUUACUUAAUACAGAAAUUAAGAACAUCUCAGGAUCAAUGAUUAUCAUAUUUUCUCUUUUGACCAAAAAGAGUGGUGCCAAGAAAGCAGUACAAAUUAGACAAUAGUACAUGUUUUUAUCAACAUAACAGCAGUUAUGUUUAUGUUAGACGAUAGAAGAAACUUCAAAAUCAUUGAUUCAAAUCAAUUUCAAACCUCACAGUGUAUUACAUAUUUGAAUCCUCAGUUAGCAGUUAAAUAGUUAAUGUGUGGAGGUUGGUUUGUGCUGUUCUGAAAUUAUGCAUUAUUUUUGUGUGAGAAUGGUUUGUUAACAAUUGCCUGAAAAUAUCUAGAUGUUCUGUAUAGUUUUUUAGAUGUUUAUAUGUUUGUAUAUUUAGAGUUGUUUUAUUCCUUUUGUCAUGUAUAUGUACUUGAAACAUCUGGGUUUUUAAAGGAAUAUUUUAAGGCUGUUCAACCUUUGAAGAAGUUGUUUCAAACCCCUACACUGCCUGAACCUGUGACAAAUACAAAAUAUGGUGCCAAAUUCUAAGUCAGUAACUGCAAGGAGAUAUAUAAAAUAUGCAGCUAGGUCUUUGAGCUUGUAAAAGAAACUAUGCAUUCCAUGAGCAGUGUAGCUUGUUUUAUGUAUAGAUUGCAUUGAUAGGGAUAAAGUCUAGUACCUAUGUAUUCAUGCAUGUAACAAACAUUAGUUAAGUUUAUUGUGCUUGUAUAUUUAGGAAGUCUAUUUAUCAUAUCUGUGAAAAAAUGGCUCGGUUGAUCCAACAUCAGACAAAACCUCAGAUCUUGUAAAGUUGCAUUUUGUGAUUAAAACAUUGAAAC